AUGCCACCCAAGAAGCCAGCCAAGCCCGUUUGGCCCGUUUGGGGCCGAAAUAGUAUACUAGAUAAUGGCUUGAUUCAUCCACAGCCAACAAUUAAAACCGAUAUGGACCCAACUGUAGGACUAACUGUUCCCGAGAACGUGGCGGCCAAAGAAGAACUGGUACCUGUGUCCGAGGCCAAAGACAAUUUGCUAGCCCUCAAUCGCCUACAGAUAAACAGGGACCAUCGGCUCACGCCACUCGAAGUCAAGCAACCUCUGCUAAACCUACACAGUUGCCUUCACCCGGAUUUACAAAAGCGUAUCUACCUUGGUGGCUUCCUUGGUUUGCAAGAUGACCUGUUCCAACUCAAGGACACAUUCUAUGGCAAAGAGGUCAGAAAGGUCUUUCAAGGACCACGGGCCAACGGGUCGCAAAAAACAGUCUUCUUCAGAGAGCUUGAAAAGGCCGAGUACCUGCUUUGGGCUGUCCAGGUGCGCGAGGGGGACUGGGUGGCUAUCAUAGCGCACCUCGCCAAGGGACCGAUCCCAAAUCCGGCAGCAAACCCAGAUGACGCGAGCAUACCAGACACUAUUAUGUCAGCGAAGAACAACUUCCUGGAUGAAUGGACGGUGGUAACCGGAAGACGAAACCCAAACAUUGACGUUCUGGUGGCCAGAGCUAAGCAACGCUUCCAACAAAUAAUGAAGAUUGGGAAAUUCAUGUUCCCCGCUCGUUCGGAGAAACGCAUCUGGGUGCCAUUGGAUGAGGACAACUUCAGCUCGGGAAUCAGGGUCUACGCGCUCUUCAAGGAGCUGAUGCGCCGCAUCACAGACUUCUACUGCGAGCAGAGGACGCACAAGGAGAAGAAGAGCUUCUGGAAGCCCACCUCGGGAUGGCUGAACGUGGACGAGGUCAGGGCUGAGAUGCAGGGGAGGGCUGCCCAAGGCUGUAUAGCCGACAUGAACUACCGAAGUCGGCUUGCCGUCCAGGGUGUGUUCCAACACCUUCAAGUUGACGGCAGAGGGACAAAAUACCAAUCCAUACUGCUGAGGCCUGUACUCGAGGACAACAAGGCCUAUAUCCCGGGUUUAGACGAUCCUGAUGAGGGUUGCAUCGAGAGCAACGAUAACACCCCGGACCCGUACAACCCCGGCCCGGCAGACGAGCCCGACCUUCCCCCGUCCCCGGCAUUAACAGAAAACCUGGACCUUGCGGAAUAUCAAGAGAAGGAAAGAGUCAGAGUGGAGAAGCAGCGCCAGGUAGAAGAAUUGCGCAAGGCACAUAAAGCGCGAGAGAACUGUGAGGCCAGGUGUAAGGACGAAAAACCCAAGAAGGAGCAGGCCCUCAAAAAGAUCGAGGACGAGAAAUGCAAGACUGCCGAGAUGGCGAAGCAACUCAAAGAGGCGAAGGAUGCCUUGAAACUCGCUCCCGCCGGUGCUCGCCUUGCGUCUACCGUAGGAGUCGAGACCACGACUACAACCACCAUGAAGCCUGGGGACUUCCCGAGGCCCGACCCUGCCCCGACAACCUCAAAGCCUACGAGCACCUCAAAGCCUACGAGCACCUCAAAGCCUACGAGCACCUCAAAGCCUACGAGCACCUCAAAGCCUACGAGCACCUCAAAGCCGACGAGCACCUCAACGCCUACGAGCACCACAAAGCCACUGACGUCUAACCCAUUUGCAGGAGUCGGUGCCGGUGGAAAGGGAAAAGGCAAGGGUUUAUUCGAUAUUCUCAAGACCACCACAGGAUACGAAGAUCCCCGAAUUAAUCCACUUACAAAGAAGAAUCGGUUCACGAAACCCCCUGGGGGCUCCAAGAGUUCUUCCCUGUUUCCACCCGGUUGGGGCUCUACCAAGCCCCCUCAGGGCUCUGGCAAGCCCGCUGCGGACUCUGGAAAGCCUCCUCCGGGCUCUGGAAAACACCCUGCGGGCUCUGGCAACCCCCCUACGAACUCUAUCAAAGCUUCCGUGUUUCACUUUCAAGGGGAUGGGGGUAGUUUCAAAUUUACGAUAGAGAAUCGUACGGAUCAUGCCGGGUUGGCAGAGUCGUUAGGAAUAGCCAAAGGGUCUACUAUAUUAAGACUUCUUUCGGAUGAUGCCAUGGUUGCUGAGAAGACGGGGGGGACAAAAGGGUCUACUACGGCAAAGCUUUUCUACGGUGUCAGGUUGGCAGGUUUGUUGGAGAUGAUCAAAGGGUCUACGCCGCCGCCAAAGAUUGUUUCGGAUGAUGCCGGGGUGGCGAAGUUUUUGGGGAGAACCACAGAGUCUACUGGUCCCAAGGCGGCUACGGUCGAAAGUGUUCCGGAUAGUCCGACUGAAGCGGUUGUUACAGGCGACGGCAAGGAGGGCGAGGUGAUGGAUCUAGGUGACGAGAAGAGCGAAGAGAUGUGGAUAAGUGACGACAAGGAGAGCGAAGAGAUGAAUCUAAGUGACGUCGACAUGGGGUCUACUGGCACCUCUACCCUCCCAACCACCAUGACUGCGGACAUUCCCACCGGGCUGAGCACGCUGGGAACCGGUAUCAGUUUCGAACAGGCACUUAAGAAUGAUGAGGAGAAAGCAAAGCUACUGAAGACAACGGGCGGGAAGAACACGAAUGGGAAGACCCCGAAGGGGACGUACACGACCGGGAAGAGCACGGCGGGAAAGCACGCGCUGGAGGAGGAGGAGGAGAAGGCCGAGUCAAUGAUGACAUGGAAGAAGACGAAGACGGAUAGCAAUCCGUUAUUCAAAUGA